GGUGUUUCUGCUGGUGCUGGACGCGGUGGAUAGCAGCUGGAUAUAAAUCUAUAAAGAUGGCAUCGGCAACAGCAACCUACGGGCAGAAGGAGUCCUCGGACCAGAACUUUGACUACAUGUUCAAGAUCCUCAUCAUCGGAAACAGCAGCGUGGGCAAAACCUCCUUCUUGUUCCGCUACGCCGACGACUCCUUCACCCCGGCCUUUGUCAGUACGGUGGGCAUCGACUUCAAGGUGAAGACCAUCUACAGGAAUGACAAGAGGAUCAAAUUACAGAUCUGGGACACGGCGGGUCAGGAGCGUUACCGCACCAUCACCACGGCUUACUACCGAGGCGCCAUGGGCUUCAUCCUCAUGUAUGACAUUACCAACGAGGAGUCCUUCAAUGCCGUCCAGGACUGGUCGACUCAGAUUAAGACGUACUCAUGGGACAACGCCCAGGUGCUGCUGGUAGGAAAUAAGUGUGACAUGGAGGACGAGCGAGUGGUGAGCGGAGACAGAGGCCGGCAGCUGUCUGAGCACCUCGGUUUUGAGUUCUUUGAGGCCAGCGCCAAGGACAACAUCAAUGUGAAGCAGACCUUCGAGCGCCUGGUCGACAUCAUCUGCGAAAAGAUGUCUGAGAGCCUGGAUGCCGGAGAUCCUGCCGUCACAGGAGCCAAACAAGGGCCCCAGCUGACAGAGCAGCCCGCUCCACCUCACCAGGACUGUGCAUGUUAAAGCUGACUACUCCCCCAAAACCCUUUCCCUCCCUCUUCCUCCUUCUUCUCCUUCAGCUGGACCCCAGGGCCUCGGUUCCAUACUCCAUCACCCUUUUCACUUACUUUCCUGCUUCUUUGUGUAACCUGGUAAGGAUCAUUGGCAGAUGGUCACAAGAACCAGGCUGUAAAGUGUCUGAAAUGCUUUGAGAUUCUAGUGGACCAGUGCUUGAGUUGUCUUUGCUUCUGGUUCCUCCGCAUACAGGAGCUAAAAUGUGUUCAUUUUUUUGGAUCAGUGCAGGUGUUGGUCUGAUGCCAAAGCAAGUUCAGUUAAACCGAAGUGUUUCAGACUCUUGCAGCCCGUGUUCUUUAAGUUUCCCGACCCAUUUUCUGUUGUCUCCCCCGUUCCUCAGUGUGGUUUUACAAGAAGGAUUUGACGGCGUCCAUCCUCAGAGUGCCAUUUAAAUCCUUCCGAUGUUUACAGUACUUUGUUUCAUGUCGGUCAAAUGUUUUUGAAAAGAUAUCAGCCUUGGAUUUGGUGACCGAGAAGGUCACGGUGGAGUUACCUGUAAGGGGGAGGGAUGAUUCAGCUGAAAGCUGCUCCAUACCGAUGUGUUAUGUUUCUUAUGUGAUUCUGGAUACAGAUGCAGAAUCAAACAUACAUGGAUCUGUGUUUCUGUGUCGUCUCACCUGCUGCAGGUAUUAGACAGAGUUUUGUUCAUUAUUCAUCUUAGCCUUUUCAUUUGGCCUUUUUUUACACUUUCUUCAGCAGACUUUUUUUUUGUAUUCUGGUGCCCCAUUUAUUCUUUUCAUACAUGAAACACUGGGUGGGGGAAAAUAUGAACAAGACAUAGCUAGGAAAAAAAUAGUAAAAAAUGAAGAGACACAUUUUAUUUAAUUAUAUUUAUUUCAAAUGUACAUAUAAAUGUUGUGCAAUAUAUAUAAUAUCUACAGGUAUGCAUUUCUGGAAAUUAAUUUUAAAAAGUAUGAACUUCUAUGAGGAUAGUAUCAAAUAUAAAAAAAGGUCUAUGCUGUAGGGUUUGUUUGAAAGAUGUGUGGAAUUGUUUGCAACUGUUGCAGCUCCUCCGUGAGUCGCGUCAUUUCCCUGUUGGUUAGGAAAUUCAAACUUCCUGCUGAGAAAAACGCAGUGCAAAGAGCGUGAAGUACAAGUCAGAAAUUUAGUAACAUGUUUAUCAUCCUCCAAAUCCACUCAGUGUAAUUUCCAGACCUGCUGCUGCUGAUGACGUGUAACAUCUGAACAAAGCUCUAAUGUCAGAGGCAGGAGCAGGCUGGAGAAACUUUGUGCUGCCUCAUUAAUGUAGUUUUGAGUCAGACACAGUGAAACUGACAUCAGGAGUUCUGAGUCUUCUGAAAGCUCAAUAAGAUUGUAAUUAUAGUGGCAAAUGUUUUGAUGCUUCUAGUCCAGACAGCCUUAAGAUGUUAUUGUUCUUGCUGUCACUGACAAACAGUAUAAAAAUCUAAGGACAUAUGAAAAGCAUCUUGUGCAACACCAUUCAGUUGUACUUGCUAACAAUGUUACAUAUUGAUAUGACAGUAUUUUAUGUCAGGCAAAGAAAAUCCUGCGCGCCUCUGUUGUUUUCUGACCAGGACCAUUGCAGAGCAUGAAGGCUGAAAUUAUAUAAUUAUUCAACACUUGAACGCAGCAAACUUUUUGUAUCCCCCUCCCUGAUACUACUUUAUCUUUAUCAAAUUUCCCUGUAACAAUUAUCAUUCAGACAUUUCAAUGUUUUCUAAAACAUGUUGAAAUGGGUUCGGAGGAUGCAAACAAUGUUGUUUUGUUCGAUGAUUUUUUAAAAAUUUUUUUAUGGUAUUUUGCCUUUAAAGUGAUAGUUUGACCCCAGGGAGUGAAAGGAAACAUCAAGAGAGAAUAAGUUGAUAUGUGAUUAAGAUCAACAACUAGGCCAGAGCUGAGUUUGUAGCUGUUACGUGGCACAAAUAUUAGACCAUUAGGCCACUAUGAUGUGCAGGCUUGGUUUCAACAUCAUUGAAACUAGCACAACAUUUGCAGACCAGAAUCACUCAGCAGCAGUCAUUGUACAAGAACUUGUCUGGCUGGUGUUUGAGAUUUGAAGACCUCAGAGAGCAAAGAUUGUAAUGACACGUGGUACAAGACAGUAAGAUUCACGACAGGGAAAACAGACAUAUGUAGCAUGCACUGCAUAUUUCCGUCUAAAUCCAAAAUGACAGUCAGGCAAGAUUUCAUCUGUUUUUCAUCUUUUUAGAUUUUAAAACUAGUUUGCACUGAGAGGAUUCAGGCCUUUACUGGCCGUUACUGUAUGUUUGAAGCUUCGAGUAUCACUUGUGUUUACUUGCAUUUUUUUUGAGAUACUGAGAGACAUCAUCUUAUGUCUGGACAUAGGUUAACAUGUGUCAAAUUACACACCAACUCUUAUUGCUUCUCUGCUUAUUAACAAACACCGCUCAUAGUAAGACGUCUUCAGAAUCAGUAUUACAGAGCAGCUUUGUUAGAUGCUCCUGGCUUCAUGUGUGGACCUCAGUUGAUUUGUCUGUUUGUGUGUAAUGUUAUCUCCAAUGCUUAGUCUUCAGGUAAAAUAUUAUGGACACUACUGUUUAAAGUCAAAGAAGCAUCAAACAGCUAGAGGCUGAUUGUUCACAGACCAGGCAGCUGUUGAGUUUCUGACACUUGUUUCGAGUCAAUGCAGGCGUUAAAUAUUCUGUUCUGAGGUUUACUGUGUUACCACAACGCAAUGUUGUUAAGAGCUGUUUUUAAAGUCAGCAUAGCAUUAUUCACUCUUGACAUGCAUCACCCCUCAGAAAAACUGACAUAAGAGUAUUUGUACACUUGUUUUAAUACAGUUUCCACAGUUAAAACUGGAUUGCCAGGUAUUCCUUCAUUUCACUUCACCAAAGAUUGCUGUAGAAGCAGCUUCCUGUUUUUGCUGUAGGAUACCAGAAUGAGCAGUGAGACCAGUUUUAUAAGUUUAAAUUUGUAAUAAAACAAGUGAUGCUUGGUGGACCGAAAGGAACUCUGGUCAUUAAAAAAUAAUUUUCUGCCGUUGUUAUUCAAGGCUUGCCAGUGUGCAGUACAAUCUUGAAUUUUGAAAUGCUGUUAUUCCCAAUAAAAAUAUUGAUAAGAUGACGUCACCUAUGGAUUGAGAGGGCAAAGCACUAUAAAAAUGACUAUGGUGGUCAAAGUCAUGGACUUCAUGAAGUCAAGCAAAUCUGAAUCAGAAGUCUUUAUUUUGAGAGUAACUGCUGCAUUACUUAAGCGUCCGGUGGAACAUACAAUAAACCUGAAAUCACCGGUGAGCCACUGGCUAUUAAAGUUUGAGAAGAUGAGGCCCCAGUCAUAGUAGUGAUGCUGUUAUCAGAAACGAAGUGAUGACUUGGUUAGAAAUUAUCACAACAAACCCGGGAGACGAUUUUGAUCCUGCAUAUAUUUUACUGGUUGUGACUGUUUCUUUUCUGGUAAAAUCCAAACUUUUAAACUGUUCUCCUUUCUAAUAUGUCUUCCUCUCUAUAUAAACCAGAUCUGUAAAUAUUGUUACCUUGGAGUCAUAUGUGUGGAUUGUGUUGUAUCGACUCAGGCUUGCAACAACAACAAAAGAGAAAAAAAAAAAGAGUGAAAAAAAAAAAAACGACAGUAAAAACCUGAAAACCCCAAAAGAGCCAUGUUGUACUGUAUCUGCAUUCAUUUCUAAGGCCAGCUUGUGAAUGAAUGUGUCACUCAGUUACAAAGCAAUACACACUACAGUAUCUACACAAAAAGAAAUGCCAUCAAGCUUGGUAGAGGUUGCCGACUUUAGAUCUUCUACUAGCACGCAGAAACAUGCAACUUUAUUUGGUCUCGUAUCACUGCCUCUUCAAAUCCUCCUCGGUUUGGGCCAUUAAGGUGAGAGAAUAUGCUGUGGAUGUUUUUAUCUGUACUUUGUGGUAAAACAAUAAAAAAAAAAAGUUGCUAACAAUCA